AUGGCAUCAAUAAUGUCCCUGUUUCGCCAACGGGCUCUAACAAACUAUAACCUCAACAACUUUGUUAAAUACGUUGUCUCUGCGACAAGACUGUACUCUUCAAAUAAUACGAAACGAGCUGCCAUUUCUGUAACUCCUCCAAAACAAGAAUUACCUUUUGUACAUGUGAAUCAUAUUCAUCCUCGAGAUCUUGCCCAAAGUACCUUUUUUGCCUUACAUAGACCUUUACUGACUUUUGGAAGUGAACAACCAGUGAUGGACAGUGUCCAACAGCAACACGAGGAAGAAGAAUAUGAAGAGGACACAUCAAACGCUCCUAAUCCAAUGUCACUCUCAAAUCCUCUAUCCCCUUAUUUAACAUCAUCCCCAUUCCAUCCUACACAACCAGCAAUAUCUAUUACACCCACCGAAUCACAGAUGAUUGUUAAUAGAUUUUUUACAGAUAUAGAAUCAAGGGUCAAAAAAGAUGAACAAACGAUAUCAAAUAACAAUACCUUAAAUAGAUCACAAAAACAAUCCAUUGAAGAUGAAGAAAUGAAAAGGCGAAAGCUUAAAUUACAUUUGACAAACAUUGUGCAAAAAAGAAGAUUGAAAAUGAACAAGCAUAAACAUAAAAAAUUGAGAAAGCGUCUGCGCGCUUUAAGGAAACGUCUUGGGAAAUAA